AUGGAGAAACUUACUAAAGAAGGAUCCAAGUAUGUAGAUAACACAAUUACCAGGAUUGUUACACGCAUUCUGAAGGAAAAUCAUCAAGUUCAUGGGAUAUCUGUUUCUCUUCAAACCAUAAUGCCUGAUCCCUUCAAGAAGACCAGUAAGGCUGAAGCUGCUCACACCUCUGGUUGUGACCCAACUAAAGAGGAGAUCAACAAGGAUGGACAAGGAAUUGCUGAGAAUACCAAUGUUACUGAGGAUGUUAAUGACAUCGAAGAUAAUGAGCACACUAAGGUCAAUACUAAAAUAGGUACCAAUGUGGUAGACUUAUAUGAGUAUUCUGAUAACGAGUUGCUUGCCUCCUUGAAUCCAAGUGUAGCCAACAGGAUAAUGACUAGAAGAAAAGGAAAAGCAGUUUUCCAAAGAUCCCCUAAAAGGAGUGCACAAGAGAAAAGACCUGUCAAAAAUUCUGUCAGAAAGAAUAGUACUUCUGCUAGUCAGCAGACCUUGGAUGUUCUUGACAUUCCAUCAAGGAAGAAACCUACAACCAGCAAGCUUGCUGCAAGUAUCCCUGAAGUUCCUAUUGAUAAUGUGUCAUUCCACUAUGCCUCUAGUGCCAACAGGUGGAAAUAUGUGCUCCAAAAGAGAUUGGUCGUUGAAAGGGAAUUGACUCCAAAUGCUCUUGAGAACAAGGAGGUCUUAGAGCUAAUUCAAGAAGCUGGACUGUUGAAGACUGUUUGCAAUCUUCCUAAAUGUUAUGAGAAGUUGGUCAAAGAAUUUGUGGUGAACCUAUCUGAAGAUUGUGGAAACACCAGGAGUGUGGACUUCAUAAAGGUGUUUGUGAGAGGUAAGUGUGUAUCAUUCUCUCCUUCUGUGAUUAAUAAAUUCUUGGAAAGAACAAAUGAAGCUCAUCCUGUGCUUGAAGCUCAUCCUGAGCUUGAAGUGACAGACAAUAAGGUUUGUGAAGUGAUCACAGCCAAGCAGGUAAACAGCUGGCCCCUAAAAGAGAAACUAUUGAAGAAAACCAGAUAA